AUGUCUGAAACAAAGCAUAUCUCAUUGAGAUUUUCUAACCAGGAUUUGAAAAGUGGAGUAAAUGAAGCUGAUCAUAAUAAGGACAUCAUCACGUCCUUUAGCAUGUCCAAUUCAGAACUUUCCAAGCACAUUAAGAAUAAGAAGACUUUAACUGAGCUUUGUUCUAGUCAUUUUGCUUCUUCUUUGGUCCCUAAUGAUCCUGAAAGUCUUAUCUUUUUCAGAAAAUCUAAAAAGCACAAAGAUUAUGUUCUCUUGGAAACUGAGGAAGAUUUCAAAUCUCUUUCUCGUAGCUUACAAGUUAAGAAUCUGUUGAAGUUAAAUAUUCAAAGGAAAACUAAGAAGAAGUUGGAAGAUGAAUCGAAAACUGAAAAUGCCGAAUCUGCUUCUCAAGAUGCCAAGAGAAGGAAGAGUAGUCAAGAUUUUACUGACAAUUUAAGUAAAUCUUUAUUUUUUGAAUUAGGUGAAGCUGUACUUCAGACUGCCUUUGAGCACUUCAAAGAUGCUGUGUCAUCGAAGGAAGAAUUAGAAAGUAGCAAUGAGGCACCCGCUCCAAAUACUACCGGAGGUACUGGUGCCAAUUCUGCAAAGGAGAAUGCUUCGAACUCUGACCCUAAGGUAGUUCAUCACCAGGCUUCUUGUGAUUCAUGUAAUCCCGUCCAUUUUGUCCCUAUUGUUGGUCCAAGGUACAAAUGUUUACUUUGUAAUGAUUUUGAUUUAUGCGCUAAAUGCAUGGUCAAAAAGGUUGAAAUUGGAGGUCACACUAGAUUUCAUCCAAUGGCUAAGAUUUCCACGACAGGUCAGUACGACGUCCGUCCUCCAUUGUGUGGUAACGCUCAACGUAGACAACACAAUCGUUCACAUUUCGGAGCUCUGGGUUUGGCUGGUCCGUGGACUCACCCACCACAUUCUUCUUCAUUUUUCAACUCGUACCAUGGUUCUGGAUCGCAUGGUCCUCAUAGAGGAUUUUAUCGUGGAUGUGGAUUUGCUCCACCACCUCCACCACCUCCUCCACCACCUCCACCUAAUCCACCAGCACCAAGUGCCGGCUCACCUCAUUUCUCUACUCAAGGCAACGAUAUAGUUUAUGAUAUUCCACUCGGAAGUUGUUCAUUAGCCAACAGAGAUAAACUUGAGAAUAUUUUAAGAAGCGGAAAUAUUGAUGACUUUUUCCGUAAUGUUGACCUUUAUAUUGAAGAAUCUCGUAGAUACAAGGAUUUAGUCAACUCACUCAAUACUGAUCAAGAUAGCGAUGAAAAGUAUGCUUGUUUAUUAAGCUUAGUGGAGCAAAUUAACUUAGACAAUGCUAAGGAUGGGUCUUUAAAGGAAGAUGAGAGUGAAAGUAUUGCUGAAGGUACGGAAGUCGAAGUUGAUGCAAUUGUCGAAGAUAAUGAGAAAGACCUUUUUGUAGAAAGAAACCAAGAGACUUCCAUUGACAAGACUAAUGGUUCAAUAUCUGUUGAGACCCUUAAAAAGUUUCCUAGAUGUUUGGCUUUAUUUUUGACAAACAAUUCGGUUUAUUCUAUUCCUGGUGAAAAAUUGGAAUUCGAAUUUUUCAACGAUAGUGAUAGCUUCAAGAUCAGUGUUCCGGUACCAAAGGAUUUCUUGCCUGAAGAAACUAAGUAUGCUAAUUUGAGAUUUGGUCAUGACGAUCCUGAUUUUCCAUCUUUUGGUACCUGCAAAUUGAGAAUUCCUACGUCAGAUCCAAGUAUUUUCAUGGAAGGUGAUUUCUUAGAGAAAGGUACAACAUUAUAUCCUGUUGUAAGGGAAAGCAAGGAGUCAGAGAAGAUUUCUGAAAACAAAGAAUCGAAAGUUUUAGUCGCAUUACACAUCAAAGCUGAUUUCUUUGCUCAAAUUGUUGUUACAAAUUAUACUGAGAGUGAAAUUGACUGUUCUGACUUGAGAUUCGAGAUUAUUAAUUGCUUCCAGCAAUCCAUUUGCAAUUUAGUUGUUCAUAAGAGGCAUGCAAUUUUACCAGGUAGAACAUCAAGAUUCAAUAUAUCUCUUAGUAGCGCUCAUCUCAAAUAUCCAUUUAAACUUGUUAUGAAGAAUGAUUCCAUUGAAGGAGAAUGUGACUUGAGUUUAAAGAAUUUAAGUGGAGCUUUCAAAUUUUCCAAGAACGGAUUGGAAGAAAGUUCAGUAGAAUCAGAUUCUGUCGCAGAAACUGCUUCCUUUUCUGACACUGAUGAUGAUAUGCAAGACGUUGUAUCAGCCACUAAGGAUGAACUUGCCCAUGAGAAGGAAGCUUCACCGGAAACUGAAACUGAUAUUGAAAUCAGAGAAGAUGAACCUGCGAGCGAAGAUGAAGAUGAAGAUGACGAAGAAGAAGAAAAUGAAAGAGGUUCCACACCAGAUGCGAAAGCAACAACUUUAGUAACUAAAUCAGUAGAAGAACUUCGCUUAAGCGAUAUUAGAUCAAGUUCCCCAGGCGAAGUUCAUUCGAUGGUAUUACCAACAUUACCAAGAGAAUCUACUAGUCCUUCAAACUCAAAGACAUUGUCCUCCUCUGAAUACCUCGAUGCUAACUCCACUAUCUUGGAAAAGGAAACAACUGAAGCAAAAGAAAACAUUGAGCAUAAGGUAGCUGAAGACGAAACGGACAAAGUAGAAGAAGAGGUUGACGCUGACUAUGAUAUUGUAAGUAGCGAUGCUGGAGAAGAUUUCGGUUCGGACUAUGAGAUAUUAUCCCCAGUCACUAGUAACAAUCAAUAA